AUGGACUUCAAUGACCCGCGUUUCCUUAAUUCUUUCCCUCCUCCUGGGCUUACCAUACCCCCACAGGAAUUCCCCAAUGUGGAGGGUAGCCAGAGCCAGAGCCAAAGCCAAAGCCAGACAGAAGCCCUACAAGGGAUACAACAGAAUGGCGGCUCGUUGAUCUCUCAUCCAACCUAUCCCCUCUCUGUUUCCAUUCCCGACCUUGAAACAAUCACACAGCCAGCCACCCCUCUACAGCUCUCUGCCUGCGAAGGACAAUCUAUGUAUAGGCAGCCAUUGCACAAUCAAACGCAGCCUGUCUCCACAGACUGUCCUCCAGGUGCUCCGCCGGCUCCUCCCAACUACUUUACACGUCAACUUAACCCGUAUUUUGGUAACUAUGUUACGGCUGCGGACAUUGAGCAGCAGUCUCGGGCAAAUGGCCAACAGCACCAGUUCCAGACACCACAGACAGUAUAUCAAUAUGUCGGCCCCAUUCAAGAUACCGAGCUUCGGACUCGGUCUUUUUCGGACUCGGGAUACAUAUCCAAAGUUUCCACCAGUCAGUCCACCAAUGAUCCGGUUCGAAAUACACCCAAGAUGCCAUUGACGCCCCAGCCAAACUACUUCAUCGCGCCGCCCCGCCCAACGUAUAUUCCAAAUACCCACUACAGUCGAAACCCCCAGCCAGAGGCCAGUCUAUUGCCUACUAGGCCCAUACGGAAGCCCAAGCCAAAAAAGAGGAGAAAAAAAAGCAAGGUAUUUUGUACCGACUGCCCUUGGGAAGGCCGUUGUGAGUCUGAAAAAAGGAAGCAUAUCCAGCAAAAGCACACGAAGCCAUAUGGAUGUCACAUUGGUGACUGUCCCAGAAGUUUUGGGUCCUCAAGUGACCUGAGGAGGCAUCGGUUAAGCUGCCAUCCGACUGAUCGGACCCCAAAAUUUAAAUGUUUCGCAAGCAAGGCAUGUGCAGAGAGCUCAAAAACAUUCAGUAGAAAGGACAAUUUUACCACUCAUCUUAAAACUCACAAAUUGAGUGAGGAACAAAUAUCAGAGCAGUUAGUGUUUUCCAACAAGUGGCUCUUCAACAACGUUAGGAGGGAGUUAGGUAAUGUCGCAGGGCAUCAGGGGACUAGGCAGCAACCUACAAGCUUACUUGAAGGGCCUGCUGGAACUCACCCGCCUCAGCUACAAGACACUGCAAGCCUUAAUGCUGGCCCAUCGUUUCGGCCUGGUCCCGUGGGCUUCAACCCGCCGACAACAGAUCCGGUAUUGGAGACGACCGACGGGUUUGACUUAACGGAGGGCUUAGGAGAUAGUAUGGAGAGCCUCAUGACGGGCCUUAUCACCAACAGCAGGGACCUCAAUGCCGUCACUACGAGCCUAGAUCCAAAUCCGGACCUGGGGCUUGAGGGCUCGCUCCAAAACAAUAGUAUUAGCAGCCCAAAUCAACGGCCGCCAAAUCUAGGUCUCCGCCAAAGCGAACAUUCUGAUGAAAUGGAGCGAUCUCUCAGGGACAUUGAAACAAAGUUUCAGCAGCCAUCGACCACUAAAUCUGUAGUUGAUAAAGAAAGGUACCAAUGCCUCAGGCCAGGAUGCAAUUUUUCCUGCAAAAUGCCGUCAAUUCUAAGGAAACAUGUCAAACGACACAGCAAGCCUUAUGGCUGUACGUUCAACGAUUGCUACAGGAUCUUUGGAAGCAAGGCGGACUGGAAACGCCAUGAAUCUGCACGCCACACACAUCUUGAGUGCUGGCGCUGUGGUGACCCUGAUAUAGCCGACCCCUCACGGAAUUGCGCUCGAAUGUUCGAACGUAAAAACUCAUACAAAGCCCAUCUUAAGACUCAUGGGGUUGAUGACGAAGUCGAAGUACAGCACCGCCUCUAUACCAACAACCUUGGUGGAGAUUGUCAGUUCCGAUUUUGGUGUGGUUUCUGCAAGGUUUUGAUCCCGGUGACCACUGAAGCAUUCGAUGCUUCAAUCGAAAGGUUUGAUCACAUCUACAAGGAACAUUUCGAAAAGGGGGAAGAUAUCUCUAGCUGGGUUCUACCAGAUGGCCAUCUCACUAAAGGUGAAGCACACCGACAGGCUCUCGAAAAAGCCUCAGUGUCUACUGACAGCGGGACGGAAUCGACAGUAUCUGAGAAUGGAGACGGUAAUCUGCCUCUUGAUGAUUCUCAGCAAAGUCAAUUAGCCGCAACCUCUUCACAACAGGGAGGCCGUCGAAUUCGAACCUUUAGAGCAAGUUCAAGAGGCACACGAUCGCGGGUCUCUAGAUCUCCGUCUGCAAAUCGGAAGAGAAGACGCGUACACAGCAGGCCUGCCUCACAGUGCCCUUCCACGGCUAUGCAAGAUGCAGCCACAGGAUCACAGCUACAGGAUCAGUUUCCAGUUGUGCAAGAUACAGGAGCUACAGAAUCACAGCCACAGGGUCAGUUUCCAGUUGGGCUUGCAAGCGUCCCAGAAGCCGACAUGUUCAGCUUUAGCGACUACAUCAACGUCGAUCAUCAAUUUGAUUGGCCUUGGCCUUCUCUAUCUCCAGCUGAUCUUCCUUAA